ACGUGAUCUCAUCUAUGACACAAAAAUUUAUUUGUUAAGAGAAAAAAAAGAGAGUUAUCAAAAUAAAUUUUGAAUCAUAUCAAUAAACAGUUAAUCAUUUUAUCAAUAACGGUUUUAACUUAUUUCAUAUUCAGAUUCAUUACAAUGGAGAAGGGGAAGAUACGGAUUAGCCUCAAGAAUCAUGAUCUGAAUUCAAAUGGGAGGGACUCAUCAGAAUCAGAAUCGACAUUAACGUUUCCUCUGAAAGCCAAUUCGGAAUCAAGAUCUCGAUCAAGGCUGCCUAAUGCCGCUAAUCCCCUCAAUCGAUUAGGAGGGUCCAAUGGUAAUAGCAAUGGAAGUAAUGGAUCUUUAUCGGUUCCUUAUAGAGAUAGGUCUAGUGAUCGGUCCAUUGAUAAACUUCAAAAAGCUCAAGUUUUUAGAAAUGAUGUAACGUCUAUUAAUGAUAUACCCUUGAUGAAUACCUCAUUUAAUAAUACCAUUAAUAAUCCUGAACAUCAAGAAGAACAGAAUUCAAGAGGACGAAGGGUAUCUCGAGAAGAUCCCAAAAUAGAUGAUUCAAUUGUCUCCAAUAUGGGUGACGGAGAUCAUGAUGAUGAUCAACCGGAUGAUAAUAUGAUAAGUUUGAUGGGGUUUAGUGGGUUUGGAACUACAAAGGGUAAACAUGUUAAAGGAAGUAAAGGUGGUGCAUCGGUCAAACAAGAGAAAAAGACGGAAUAUAGACAAUACAUGAAUCGAAGCAAAGGGUUUAAUCGACCAUUAUCUCCCGGUAGAUGAUUUUCGAUUAUUAUUUAUACACAUA